CAACGUAAUAAUUUAUCAUCGACAAUUCGACAUCACUGUGAUAGAGGUAGAUAUAGAUCUAUGCUAUGAAGGACUGUUUUGGUAAUCAGAGAGGUUCUUGUAAAAAAUGUAAGAAGUGUGAUGAGUUCAUAUCAGCUGAGGGAAAGAUUAGAUGCGCACAAUGUGGAUGUACUCCGGUAGAUCAUGAAAAGGUCGGCAAUACCACUGUCAUGCCUGAUCAUACUAAAUCAUCUAUGCCUGUUAACCAUCGUGAAGCCGCGGAAGAUAAGAAUGGUAGCAUCAUGGAUGACUCCAGCGUCGGGCAUUUAGGGGUAGCUACAAAAAACAUUGAAAGGAGUUCAGUGUUUCCUGUGUGUAGACAUCAGUGUUGUCAAAAUAUAGUCGAGUUUGAUAUCAACACAGGCAAAAAUUUUCAUUUUUGUAGCUAUCACUCCUUCGCAACAUUAGAAAAUAUUAUUCAGGACGGUGAACUAGAUUUGAUGAAUGUAUCUUCAGAAAAAGAAGAAAGUAUCAUUUCAAAAUCACCAGAAACACCAACAACAUCAGUUUGCAGGAAAUCAAAUUGUCAUGAAUUAGUAGAGUUCGACCUUAACACAGGAAGAGAGUUUUCAUUUUGUAGUUAUCACAACUUAAUGAUGGACGAGAAUGAAGACUAUCAGGUUGACAAGUCUAAUCAUGAGUGUGCAAUAAAGGAAUGUAAAAAUGAGCGUUUUGUGGAUGAUGAAGGAGUUGUACAUGAGUGCUGUUGUUAUACUCAUGCUAUGGAGCAUCAUAGAAGAAAGUCUCUUCAAGUUCAAGGUAUAAAUCAAGAUAUUGUCAAAGGCAUCACUCAUUGUCUUCUGCCUGAGUGUGAUAAUUUUACUUGGCCUUUUGAAAAUUAUUGUGGAAAAACUCAUGCUAGUAUUGGAAUGGCUAGAGGAUUACAUGUGAGAAAAAUUACAGACAGUGACGAUUCUUCUUCUGAAAACAGGUGUAUAUACCCAAAUUGCACAAAGAAAAGAUAUGUUGAACAAAGUAGUGGAGUUACACAUCCAUACUGUGGCAAAACACAUGCUAAUCUUGCUAAAUCUUUGGGAAUAUUUUUAACUGCAUCUAGUCCUGAUGAUCAAUGUGAGUUAGAGGGUUGUAAUGUAAAGAAACGUCAAGAAGGGAAGCGUUUACAUGAUUAUUGUUGCAUAGAACAUGCAAAAAAAGAUGAACCAAAUAGAACAGUACUGACAAGUCUUGCAGAUGUGAACGAAUUUUUGAAACAAUUUCCCAAAUUAACUGUUGUUUCACUGGAUGAAAAUGAGCAUGCAAAAAAAGAUGGUGAUCUUUAUAAAAAAUUUCGUGAUAAGGCAAAGUCACUACCAAAAGACCAAAGAAAGACAUGCCUGGCAUUUCAUGGGACUGCAGCAACAAAUAUACCAAAAAUUUGCCAGAAUGGAUAUGAUCCAACUAAAAGAAGAGGACAAGCUUAUGGAGCAGGGGAAUAUUUUGCAAAGAAUCCAUCCAUGUCCAUGAGUUAUUGCAAAGGAGGCAAGAAGAUGCUACUCAAUGAGCUGCUUUUGGGAAAAGAAGGAGUGCACCAUACCAAACAUGGAGAUAUUAUUGUAAUGAAAGAGCCAGUUCAUGACCUACCUAGAUUUGUAAUAACAUAUCAGUGAUAGUUUGUAUACAAAGUUAUGAUAACACA